UAACUUAAAUGUAAAAUAAUGGCGAAAUUAAUGCCCACCCCAUUCGCAAUCUUACCUUCUCCAUUCCCAACUUUAUCUCUGCUUUCCAUUUCUCCAUUUAUUUCCCGAUUUCGCCAGAAGCGGCAGUCUGCCUUCACUGCCUGCUCUCGCUGUCCCACGCGCCGUCAGCCGCCUUUCACGGACAUGUCUGUUACCAUUCCAGUCGCCGGUUCCCUCCGCCGGGAGAUUGGUGCCGAACCGUUGCUGGAUUCUCGAAAUCGUGCAGGGAAGGGUGAUGUGUUGACAUCAGAUUUGGACCAAGAUACAAGCACAUCAAGUAAAGGCGGCCUUCACAAGAGCAAAUACUCUAUGACUUCCAUCAGCUGCUUUGGAGUUGACCUUACACCAGAUAACAUUGCAGUGGCUAUGGUCUAUUUUGUUCAGGGUGUCUUAGGACUUUCCAGGCUCGCUGUCAGUUUUUACUUGAAAGAUGACCUGCAUCUAGACCCUGCGGAGACAGCAGUUAUAUCUGGAUUUUCAUCAUUACCGUGGCUUGUAAAACCUUUAUAUGGGUUUAUCAGUGAUUAUUUCCCUCUUUUUGGAUACCGGAGAAGAUCUUAUCUGGUUCUAUCAGGGCUUCUUGGAGCACUCUCCUGGAGUCUGAUGUCCACCUUUGUUGACAGCAAGUAUGGCGCUGCUUUCUGCAUUCUUCUUGGAUCUCUUUCAGUUGCUUUCUCCGAUGUUGUUGUUGAUUCAAUGGUUGUAGAGAGGGCACGAGGUGAGUCUCAAAGCAUGUCUGGAUCUCUCCAGUCAUUAUGUUGGGGUUCUUCGGCCUUUGGGGGAAUUGUCAGUGCAUACUUUAGUGGUUCCCUGGUGGAUGCCUAUGGUGUGAGGUUUGUUUUCGGUGUGACAGCAUUGUUGCCAUUAAUAACUUCUGCAGUAUCCGUUCUUGUGAAAGAGCAGCCUGUGCGUGGCCUACCCAGGGGUCAGAAUCUUUCUUUAGACGUUAGCUUCUUCGAGAGCUCAAAGAAGAACAUUAUUCAAUUGUGGGGAGCUGUUAAAGAGCCCAAUGUUUUUCUACCAACCAUAUUUAUAUUUCUAUGGCAGGCAACUCCGCAGUCUGAUUCUGCCAUGUUUUAUUUCACAACAAAUAAACUCGGUUUCACUCCAGAGUUCUUGGGCCGUGUCAAACUUGUCACUUCAAUUGCGUCCCUUCUUGGUGUUGGGCUGUAUAAUGGUUUCUUAAAGAAUGUUCCACUGAGAAAGAUAUUCCUUGCGACAACUGUUAUCGGCACAACCCUUGGGAUGACCCAGGUGCUCCUUGUAACUGGAUUGAACCGGCAACUAGGCAUUAGUGAUGAGUGGUUUGCAAUUGGCGAUUCAUUGAUUAUUACAGUUCUCGGCCAGGCUUCUUUCAUGCCAGUACUUGUACUAGCUGCAAGAAUAUGUCCUCAAGGAAUGGAAGCGACCCUAUUCGCAACCCUAAUGUCGAUAUGUAACGGGGGUGGGGUCCUCGGGGGCCUGAUUGGCGCGGGUCUAACCCAGAUCUUCGGCGUGACCAGGGACAAAUUCGACAAUUUGGCAGCUCUGAUUAUUCUUUGCAAUCUUAGCUCCUUGUUGCCUUUACCACUGCUCGGUCUCCUGCCCAAAGACGACGAGGAGAAGAAGAACACAGACAUUGAGAUGAAGUCUAAUUGAAACUCUCAGGGUCCGUUUGUUCCAAAUCCACAUAAUUUUUGUGCUACCAAACACCAGAAUUGGAAUUGAAGUGCUCAAUUCCAAUUCCAUAGUUUGAAUUUCGUAUACCAAACGGGGCCUCAGUUUGUUUAGCUUUUAUGCUCUGUUAGACAACCGAAGGAGAUGAUCAGAUGUAAAUAUUGGAGAAAGAUACAUGCUAAUAUUGCUGUGUAACUUCAUUUUUCUCUUAAUCUUUAAUUCAAAUGAUGAAAUAUAAUUACUUCACUUUU